CUGUAAUUGAACAGAACAUAUAAUUUGUAGAAUUAGAAGACACACUUAAACAAAGAGGACAUAUAUUUAUCUCCAAAAGAGAUGGCCGCUACCGGAGCAGAUGCCGCAUUUGAAAACACGACUUCAAUUUAUCCUGAGAAUAGCUCGCAGUACGGCGCAAAUGUUACACUUAGCGCAGACCAGGAACUGGACAUGAAGUUUUAUGCCAUUUUCGUCCCAAUUGUGUGGGGGACUGUUACAUUCAUUGGCGCCUUUGGCAACGCAUUGGUUAUCUUUACGCUGAUCAGGCAUGGUGAUAAGAAUGCUACGAACUACUUUGUCAUAAACCUCGCCAUCUCUGACUUUGCCUUUGUGGUCAUUGUGGUACCGUUUACGGCAACGCUCUAUGUCCUCCCGGAGUGGGUGUUUGGAGAAGGGAUGUGCAAAGUGACUAUGUACAUGAUAUAUGUCACUCUUCAUGCAACAUGCUUAACUUUGAUGGCGAUGACUAUCGAUCGCUACUGCGCCAUCGUUUACGCCGUCCAGUCACGAAAUUGGCGAACUACGACAGCGUCCAUGUUUGUAUGCUUGCUUGUGUGGCUUGUUUCGUUUGUUAUUUCCCUACCGUUUGCGAUUUACUUCCGAACAACCGUCCAACCAGAUAACUUUGUAUACUGCGAGGACAUUUGGCCGGAGCCGAAAGAGAUAUACAACAAGGCUUCAAUGGCAAUGGUUGUCAUGACAACUUACGUUAUUCCAUUGACGGUCAUUAUAUACUGCUACGCGAUGAUACUGAACACGUUGUGGAGAAACAAGAUGCAAUGUCAGACCAAUGGCGCCUCUACAAAGAAAAUGAAUCAUCAAGACAAGCGUCGCAAAAGAGUAACAAAGCUAGUGGCCUCGGUCGUGAUAGUGUUUGCAGUAUUCUGGCUGCCUAUUCACGUUAUAAACCUAUGGAUUAAAUUCGACCCAGAUUUCCCCCGAACACCGGCCAUGUAUGCCAUGAAAAUCGUCUCUCACACACUGUCUUACUCUAAUUCUUGCGUGAAUCCGUUCGUAUACGCUUUCUUAAGUGAUGGGUUCCGCAAGGCCUUUCGCAAGACCUUUCCCUCCAUUGUCCAACGCUUUAAGAUCUGCGGCGGUCCCGUUGAAGACUGCCCGACCCAGGUGUGUUUAGUCGAAAGGACCGAACAGUCUAAAAUCACUGCAACAACUGUUUCCAACAACACCCCAGCAGAAGAACGGAGAUUGAUGCAGACCGAUCUAUAAAUUGAG